UAUUUCUUAAUUCCCAAGUUUCAUUUGGGUCUAUAUUCCACUCCUCACGCUCUUUGUCACGGGUUGUUUGCUUUUUCAAAUAUCUCAAGGUCUAUUCUGUACUGAGCAUAGAUUGAUACAUAGCAAUGGAAGCAAAGAUUGGGCAAUUCUUCGACUCGGUCGGCAACUUCUUCACCGGCGGCGAUCAGAUUCCAUGGUGCGACGCCGACAUCGUCGCUGGUUGUGAGCGAGAAGUUGCCGAGGCUGAGAAAGGUUCCGCUGAUGAACUUAAGAGUGAAUGUAUUAUGCGGCUGUCGUGGGCUCUUGUUCACUCAAAGCGACCAGAAGAUGUGCAACGUGGGAUAGCAAUGCUUGAAGCUUCUUUGAGUGGCAUUAGCAGCCCAUUGCAAAUGAGGGAGAAGAUUUAUCUUCUGGCUGUUGGAUAUUACAGAGGCGGGGACUAUUCAAGGAGCAGGCAGCUUGUUGACCGAUGUUUGGAGAUUGCACCUGAUUGGAGGCAGGCCCUGAACCUUAAGAAAGCAAUUGAAGAUCGAAUUACGAAAGAUGGAGUGAUUGGCGUAGGCAUUACGGCGACUGUUGUAGGACUCUUGGCUGGUGGGAUUGCGGCAGCUUUGUCUCGUAAGAAAUGAUCCAACCUUGUCAUCGACCAAUGUGCAUAAUAACAAAUAAUAGUUCUUCAUCUUUUCUAUCCAUCUACUUGUUUGAUCUUUGAAUCUUGUUGCUCGAGCUCCUGUUGUCUUGUGUUCAUUUUCAAACUUCCUCCGAGAGAACAAUAUCUGUGGUGUUUGAAGCAAGUCCUACCCAACUCUUAUCUUUAGUUUGGUGGUUUUUACUUGAAUUGUUGAUGUAUGGAACAUUUUAUUGAAUGUAUUCUUUCCUUUAGGCUUC